AUGUAUGUUGAUGUGGUUAAAAGUAGCCCUUCAUUGCCGCAGGAUCUCACAGAUCUUCUCUUGCUGCGCCAAGAAGUCCUGCUGAAAGAACUGAAGCAGGCCGAGCAAGUGUCUGUAGGAAUCUUGAGGGAGAUAGCGGACAUCUUGACUGACAAAAAAAAUUCCUUCACGUCUGGAGUAUCCUGUCCUGGUAACUUCAGGAAAAUGGGCGACACUUGUUUGUAUCUUGCCUUAGACACCGGAGUGAGUUGGGAAGCCGCUCGAGUUUUUUGUCAAGGCCUGGGAGGAGAUUUGGCCGUGUUUCGAGACGCCAAUGAAUUCGCAGAGGCUCUCAAAUACGUCAAAAGUUCGGUCGCUGUAAAGGGAACGCCUGUGUGGGUGGGCGGAACAGACCGCAUAGAAGAGGGGGAAUGGAGGUGGGUCUCUGGGGAAGACAUGCCGAGAGGAACGCCCUUUUGGGGAGAUUAUAACUACGUGCGCGAACCAGCUGAAGGCACAUCGGGGAACUGCGCCGCCGUGUAUGGCCCUGAUGGUUUCUUGAUACAUGAUGGUGUUUGUCAAAAUCCAUACAAGCCUCUCUGUGAGAUUAAGUUGAUAAAUAAUUAAAUCAAUACAAUCUACAUUUGUUAAACAUUAGUUUACAUUGUUAUUUGCACUCAUUAGUUUCAAAAUGAAAAAUGUAAAUUCCUGUUGAGAAAUGUAUCCUGUCAAACACUGUUGCUAAACUCCUUCGUAACCGAAG